GAAAAGCAAAGAUAUAAAGAUAGUGUCGUCUUCAAAUGUGUAGUUUGGAGACGAGUUGACUCAACUCUCUGGUAACUGCUGUGACCAUAGUUCUAUGAUGAUGUUUUGUUGAAAGGUGUUUACAGUAUUUUGUCCACCUAAUGUAUUGUAGCGGUAUGUAGUGUAAUUUAGGGAUUGGCCAGAAUUAUAAUACAGAUCAGCACUAGAAGACUACUUCGACAUACCAGAGUUGAAUUAGCAGUCUCGCAACCAGCAAUCAUGCCACAGCCCAGAAUGAUGCUGGUGGUGACGGGAGAUGAUUUCGGCUACUGUCCCAGGAGGAACCAGGGGAUUGUGGACUGCUUCCAGGCUGGUGGCAUUUCCAAUGUGUCACUGUUGGUUAAUGCCUCUGCAGCCAAAGAGGCCGUAGAUCUGGCUAAAAGACACAACAUCCCAAUCGGUCUCCAUGCCAACCUGUCGGAGGGCAUCCCGGUGUGUCAAAGCCUCCGACAGGCCUCCACAUUGGUCAACCAGCGCGGCUUCUUCCAUGGGAAGAUGGGCUUCCGUCAGGCCCUAGAGAGAGGUCAGCUCAGCAUGAAACAGGUGGAGCUGGAGUUGAGGGCCCAGGUCAGGCUGUUCAGGGAACUGACGGGUCACUUGCCCCACCACAUGGACGGACACCAACAUGUCCAUGUACUGCCAGGGGUGCGAGAGGUGUUUGGACAGGUCCUGUCACAUCUCAGGAUUCCAUACACUCGUGUUCCAGUGGAGCCAGGUUUACACAGCUGCCCAUGGCUGCCAGCACACCUGCAAAGAUUCUACAAACAGGUGGAGAGGGACGCUCUGGACUCCAUCCCUGUCUUCACACGCUAUGGAAUCAGGUGGCCAGAUGUGUACUUGGGACUGACCACUAUGGGUCAGAACAUGUCCGUCCCCAACCUGCAGAGGGCCCUCAGCCACGCCUUGUCAGCAGGACCCUCAGGCACUACCUCCUGUAGUACAUCCAGCUCUGAUCAGCCUGUGGUCACAGCAGAGUUGAUGGUCCACCCAGGUUACCCCAGUCACCCCCAGUUGGGUGGCUGUGGAGAAGGACCCGAUGACUUCUCCCAGUCAGCUGACAGGCAGCAUGAGCUGAGCAUGCUCACUGACCCGUCCCUGCUGGCCCUCUACAGCCAGGAGAGAGUGCAGCUCUGUGCUUUCAAAGACAUUUAAGCACUACUGUCUAAAAAUGACUAACCUGUACGUAUACUAUAGAGAGCCAAACUAAAAGUGGAUUUUACAGGUUCUGUUUAAGAUGUAAAAACACAUAAGUCAGAAUAGUUUAAUAACAGAAUAGUUUAAUAACACAGAUUACUGUGAAUCCAGGCCUACGACAGAACCUUGCUCAACAAGUAUGUUGUGUGGUUCACUGCUUUGGUCUAGAAAUGGAAGGUAAUGUUGUUGGGUUUUUUUGUUUUUUUUAAACCCUAACCCUUUAAAAAAAACAACAACAACAUAUUGUUAUGUUUACUUAUUUUUUUCGUUUUUUAGCAACCUUUAAUGAACACUUUUUCCCACAAGCCCAAGACAGUCAGUCAUGGGUUAAAGGUCAACAGCUGUCACACACGCUGUAACAAUAACACCUUAACUGUUUCAAAGAAAAGACAGUUCCCACUAUGUGUGAUGUGCACUCUCGCACAGAAAAACUAAAGCUAAUACAUUUUAAAUGCUAACGAAUAAAUCAUUGUUUAACUUUGUUAAAAUCAUGAAGAAUUCAAAGUGUUUCCCUUUCUCUGAAAAACGAUGAAAGAAAACAGUCAAUGAGAGAUUUACAGAGUGAGUUACAGAGACUAGAUAGAAAGUGAUGUCUGGACUUCCAAUUUGCAGCUGAGCACAGCCUCAUCACUGUAGAGUAAAUGUGAUUACAGAUUGAAGUGGCACUAUGAAACAGGAAAAGUGUGUUCUUUACAGAAGCCAUACCAGCUGCUGCUGUACAUUACUCUGAUCCAGAUCAGUACUUUGCACUACCCAUGUGAUCAUCAUUGCACACAUUUAUUACAACUCAGGUUAUAUUUUGAUAGUUUUGUCCAUUUCUAUCUGUUAAGUUAGUAUUGUGUUCACCAAGUUAAUCUUAAGGAUCACAGAACUAAAUAACUGAAGUUCAAACUGAAAGUGAAUUCCGCUUCUUAGUUAUCCCGCUUAUUACACAGCUAUUUACUAAAGAAAUCAGUAAUCUGACACAAAAUAUUGCUUUAAAAAUGAUUUUAUUGAUUUAAAAAUGAUUUUAUUGCUUCAGCUAAAAAAAAAUAGUCUGUCAGAUUCUAUGUUUGGAACUGCGUGCAUAGCAGCGUAAAUAUCUAUGGAAGUUCUGUACCCUUCUUGAGAACAUGCUUUGCAGUUGACACACCUGGAAACACAAUUGUUACUAAUGUUACAACUGGUAACAAUAUUACUAUUAUCACUACCACUUAUCACUUAAGUUAGUGUGCAGCGAUACACAACUAAGAGAGGCGCUCACCAGAUCUGCUGCCUUGCCUGGAUUGGAGGACAGGAUCUUGCUAAACUUUUCCCUUUCUGUAAUGGUUGGAGCCCAGUAGCUCUUCAGGCUGCCGUCACAUCUGUGCCCAGUCACAGACAUUAUCUCUAUUGUUUUUUUGACAGAAGGUGUUGAGAAUGAGCUGUAGUUGGUAAUUUUACCGGACCUCUUUUUGUGGAUUGAUAUGAUUGGAUGUGGUCCUCCAGAGUCUAUGAACAGAACUGCGUCCCUAGCAACGGUAUGUUAUUCAUACCAGCGGUCUGCUAGUCAGAGGUAGAAUGCCUUAAUUGACCAAGAAUCAAUUGAUUAGAAUUGAGUAAUGUAAUGAGUUACUAUAACUGACAGAUUGAGUUAUUAUAACUGACAGAUUAUACUAGCAUUGUUAGGGGGCCCCUAACAGGUUAAUCAAGCCACGCAGUCUUUACAGUUUUUAUGUCAGAGGGUGGAGGGAUGAUUUCCAAUGAUCUCAGGUCUGUGUAGCACAAGUAGCACUGAACUUCUGUAAUCACAUGCUAAGUGUGUCUCUCUGAGUGAAUGUGAUUUAUUUUGAAUCACCUGUGAGAGUACAGAAUGUGUUAUAUUUAUUGCUGCUGUCCUGGCCUUUGAAAUUGUAUAUUUUGAUAAAGUUUCUGUUGAAACUUUUUAUGCAUCAAUAUAUUUUAAUUUUUACAAAGCUCAUAACUGAACAGCUGGCAAAUCUUAUCGUGCAAGCUACUAGAUGAAUAAAUGAAGUCAAACUGA